AGACUUUUAUUGCGACAUCGAAAGGCCGGAAGUAAGUUUAGUUGCAGCUCGGAGAAGCUUGCGUUUUCCGCUCCUUGCUUUCCCGGAGCUAGGUUAGCAUUAGCUGAAAGGAUGCCGUCGAUGGAGUACGACGACUCCAAGCCUAGCUGGGCGGACCAGGUCGAAGAGGAGGGAGAUGAAGGGACACUACCAUCACCUAAGGAAACCAUCAAAGGAAAUAUAAAGACCGUCACAGACUAUAAAAUAGAUGAUGAUGGAAAGAAGUUCAAGAUUGUUCGAACCUUCAAGAUUGAGACAAGAAAAGCCUCAAAAGCCGUUGCCAAAAGAAAGAACUGGAAGAAAUUUGGUAACUCUGAGUUUGAUGCGCCAGGUCCUAAUGUUGCCACCACCACAGUCAGUGAUGAUGUCUUCAUGACUUUCAUUUCCAGCAAAGAGGACUUGAACGCCCAAGACCAGGAUGAGGAUCCCAUGAACAAACUGAAAGGACAGAAGAUUGUGUCUUGUCGUAUUUGCAAAGGAGACCAUUGGACCACCCGUUGUCCAUACAAGGACACACUGGGCCCCAUGCAGAAGGAGCUGGCUGAACAGCUUGGGCUUUCUACUGGUGACAAAGAGAAACCUGCAGGCUCUGCUGAACCAGAGCCUGUACAGCCUGCACAGAGCAAGACUGGCAAGUAUGUGCCCCCGAGCCUGAGGGAUGGAGGCACGCGCAGAGGAGAGUCAAUGCAGCCCAACCGAAGAGGUGGGUCGGAUGACAAUGCCACUAUUCGUGUUACCAAUCUGUCUGAGGACACCCGCGAAACAGACCUGCAGGAGCUCUUCAGGCCAUUUGGCUCCAUUUCUAGGAUCUAUCUGGCCAAGGACAAGAACACAGGACAGUCAAAGGGCUUUGCCUUUAUCAGUUUUCAUCGUCGGGAGGAUGCAGCCAGAGCCAUUGCAGGCGUGUCUGGCUUUGGAUAUGAUCAUCUUAUUCUUAAUGUUGAAUGGGCCAAACCAUCAAACAACUGAAGAAUUAAUCAGAACAGUUCCCAAGAUGAAGCCAGAUUUUAUAUAAAAUAUGGCUGUAAUCAGGUUAAAGACUUAAUAAAGAGCAGAAUUGUUACUUUC